AUGGGUGUCAAGGGACUGUGGCGUCUGCUGCUACCAAUUGGACGCCGGAUUUCCAUUGAAACCUUGGAGGGAAAGAUAUUGGCUAUUGAUGCUAGUAUUUGGUUGACUCAAUUUCUGCAAGCCCUCAAAGACCCCAACACGGGGAGCGCUUUGCCAGCUGCUCACUUGGUGGGAUUUUUACGGCGUCUGUGCAAGUUGCGAUUUCAUGGAAUUCGACCAGUCCUCGUCUUUGAUGGGGCCACUCCCGAGAUUAAGCUUCGGGAGUUGAAGGAACGGAGGCAACGGCGAGAGCAGUUUCGAGCCAAGGGAGAAGAUGGAGGUAUUGUGCGAAUGGCAAAGAAACUGUUGACUCAACAAUUACAAAAACAUGGUCGAAGUUUCAUGAAUGCUACAGCAGAAGAAACAAAGGCCAACUCAGAAGAAGAGAAGAGUCGAAUUGAAAAUAAAAAGAGGAAAGGCUCCGCUUUGGCAGCUUCCAGCAAGAGUAGUUCAAUGGCACCAGGAUUUUAUGAUCCAGAUGCCGAGGCUGAAGAUAAAGUUAUUGAGGAAAUAGAAAGAAAAAGCGACCCCACGGGAUCAAACGAAGCUGUCGAUUCCGAAUACGUCAAACAGGCCCAAAUCUUGGAAAACGACGGUCGAGACAUUCUGGAAAUUCUAAAUGAUGAAGAGGAGGCGGCUCGAAAGGCAAGAGAAGAGGAACUUGGGGAACAACCAAAUGAUUGGGAUCGAGCAGUCGUGUUGACAUCGGCGUCACGGAAGGAACAAGAGCGCAAGCAAAAAGAGCAUGAUGAACAGCAAAAGAACCAAGCUGGUGUCCAACCCAAAUGGAACUACGGGCGGCGGACCAAAAAGAAGGGCACUGCUUCUUCGUAUGCUGCCUUUCGCAAUCAAGCUCCCAAUGGAGAAUUUGAUGUAGACUACGUGGCGUCACUUCCUUCACACGAACGCAAAGACUGGGUAGAAGAAGCCCAAAAGAAUCGAAGAAUGGAAUCCCGCCGAGAAUUCAUGAAAGUGGCCUACGAUCAGGAAAGCUUCUCACACAGUCAAUUGCAAAACUUUCUCAAGUCAACCAAACUGAAUCAAGACAUUCACAAAAUGGCAACCAAAACGGUCCAACAAGAAUCUUCCAAGUUGGGAGUCCGACAAGCAGGGGACGGAAGCAAACGUAUCAUUUUUCAACGAGAGGUCGAGUCCAAACAACAAUCUCAAAAGAGAUCCAAGGCUGCUCUUUUGGCCGAGUUUUCCAAGAAAAAGCUCUCCAUUCUAGAGGAUAAUCACAGUAAAAGCGACGAGAAUGACGAUGACAGUGAAGAAAUUGAAUGGGAAGAUGCUGACAAAAAGCCAGCAGCUGCCAGGGCAAUUGUGGACGACGAUGACAGCGAUAGUGAUGACGAACCCAAAUCCGAUGGAAAACACAAGACAGUCCCGUUCUUUUCGCCCAACGAUAGCAAUAUCGGUCAGAUCAGUACCAAGAAACCACCUCCGUCGGAGAAGAUUGAAUCCGUUGCACGGCGUCCUCAAGUCAUUCAGAGUGAUAGUGAUAGCGACAACGAUCAGAUGGACUCAGAUGCCAGGCUGGCCCGACAACUCCAAGAGGAAGAGGAUCGUAACCCAGAUGCCGAACUAGCACAACAACUCCAAGACGAAGAACUCGGUAUUACGCUACAGGAGGACGAAGAUGGCAAUGCCAGUGAUGGUGGCGUUGUUUCCCUUCCGACAGGUCAGAGAGAACUGGACUAUUAUCUAUGCUCGGACGAUGAUAGCAACGAAGGUGGUGGUGGAUUCAUUCCUUCCAAUGAGAAGGUGGAGGUCUAUGGCGAGGGAUUUCUGGCAUCGUCGCCAGCAGGGGCAACGAAAGCAGCCGACGUCGUUACCGGCAGCCACGCAGUUGAUUCAAAGAUGGCGCAGCAACUUGAAGAUGAAAAGCUUGCCAUGGCCAUGCAGAAUGAAGAGUACGAGGAAAAUGGUGGCAGUGGCGGUGGUUUCCUUCCUUCAGGUGAUAAUGGUCCUGAUUCCGACGUUGAAGGUGGUGGAGGUUUCCUUCCUUCAGAGGACCACGAGGGUGGUGGCGCUUCAUCAUCACAUGGUGGUGAUGACGAUGGCGAUGAUGGUGAUGACGAAGAAGACGACGACGACAUUGAUUGGGAAGAUGGAGGCUUGGAAAAUGAUGGUAUCAAUCAAGCAAAUGAGAAAAUAUCGUCCGAUGCUGCAGAAUCGCAUACUUCGAAUGGAGACUAUGGAUCCAGACCGCAGAAUGAAGAGUGUGCCAAAGAUGAUAGUCUUGUUGUACAAGAACGACGAAAGAAAUUGAGACAAGAGCCGUUGGCUUCGCAACCGAAUACAAACUCUGACUCGUACUCUCAUGAGAAACAGGAGAAAGAUGAUAUGGAGUAUGACGAUUUUGAUGAGUUGCCUGCUAGUACUGCAACCAAUGAUUGGGACAUGGGAUCUUCCAAGUCCGCAAAGGUGUCAGAAGCACUCACACAUGCCCAAGAUACAGCCUCUCGCUUAACCAAUUGGGCUGGACGUGCCUUUCGGAAAGCGGUUGCCCAGCAUGCCGAAGAAAGUGGCACUGUUGUACCGGAAGCAUCCAAACCAUCAUCGCUCCUACCAAAGCAGAAGGUGACCAUCGAGGAGGAUAGCUCGGAUGAUGAUGAUGAUGAUGAUGACAAUGACAAUGAUGAACCAGUAGUUUUGAAGUUUCAAAGAGCAGCACCAGAAGCAGAAGAGCAAGCCGAUCGAGGAACAAGAGGACGCGACGGCCAACAGUCAAUAUCUAGUCCAUACUUUGAUUAUGGUAGUCAAGAUGGCAUGACAUCCAAUCAACAAAUGGAGGAAGACAUGGCUGCCUUUGCCUCUCGUGAGACUCAGUCUACCGAUAUGAUGGACACGGUUACUGACGAAAUGAAAGCGGAAAUCAUGCAAUUGUUGCAUCUUUUUGGAGUUCCCUUUGUCGAGGCACCCGCGGAAGCAGAAUCCCAAUGUGUCAUGCUGGAACAGCUAGGUCUAGUCGACGGUAUUGUCACGCAAGAUAGCGAUGCCUUUGUUUUUGGUGGCAAGCAUGUGUACAAGAAUAUUUUUGAUGACAAGAAGUAUGUGGAAAUCUACAAUACCGAGGAUGCGGAACGAGAGAUGAAUUUGACCCGUGAUGGAAUGGUUGGUUUGGCACUACUACUGGGAGGUGACUAUACUCAAGGAGUGCAUGGUGUGGGCAUUGUCAAUGGAAUGGAGAUUAUUCAGGCCUUUGAAGUCUCUCAGGAUAUCAACAAUCUGAAACGAUUCCGGCAGUGGCUAGAUGGCUUUGACGGCCAAGACGCCCUUAAGAAAAAGAAGGAAGAGAACAACCUGACAAAGGAAGAAGCAUUCAAUAGAAAGCAUCGAACAGCUCGGACUCGUUGGGAAGCACCCAAACAUUUUCCGGACCCUCGAGUUUUAUCUGCCUACUUGAAUCCUGUGGUGGACAAGUCUGACACUCCAUUCUCGUGGGGGGUCCCAAAUCUGGAUGGUCUUGUUUCCUUUUGCACUCGAAACAUUGGAUGGACACCAGCCGAAACCAAUGCCUUGUUGAAACCAGUGCUCAAGAGAAUUGAAGAAACGGGAACGAUGCGGCAGACACGACUUGACACCUUUAUGAGGUACGAAGAUGGAAUCAAAUUCGCUGCCGUUCGCUCCAAGCGUCUGCGAGAAGUUUUGGAAAACGUCCAGGGCGGGGAUAAUAACUCUGAAGAAUCAUCCAAGAAAACAAAGACCAAUGAUGGCAAUAAUAAGGAACUGUAA